GCAGCGCAUCCGUCCAAUCGGCGGGCUUGAUGCGUGCGCGCGCGUCCGGGCAGUCCUCCGGGGAGAGCCAAUCGAGUCCAAGACGGCGGCGAGCGGGCAGGAGAGGCAUCCCAGAAUGCCCGGCGAGACGCUGCAGGCGGACGGCAAGCCGGGGGGCCCCGGGGCCGGGGGCGCGUCCUCGGCCGUCCCGCUGCGGAUCCUGAACAAGGGCCCCGAGUACUUCCGCCGCGCCAGCGAGGCCACGCCCAAACGCCUGAGCGCCGUGGAGCGCCUGGAGGCCGACAAGGCCAAGUACGUGAAGAGCCAGGAGGUGAUCAACGCCAAGCAGGAGCCCGCCUCCGGCGCCGCCCCCGGCCCCGCCCCCGGCCCCGCCUCCAGCCCCGCCCUCAAGGCCUCCAACAACAACGACGGCGGCUGUCGCCCCGGCAACCUGAACCUGGAGCUGCUGAAGAACCUGCUGAACGGCGGGGAGGCGCUGCCGCGGGCCGCGGGCCGCAAGCGCAGCUCCCGCAGCUGGGCGCCGCAGCGCUCCGAGCCCAGCGAGCUGCUGCACCGCCGCUCCUUCGCCGAGUCGCUGCGCGUCUUCCCCUCGCGCGGCCACGCCCCCAACCUCAACCUGGACCCGCCCCCGCGCUCCCGCCGGCCCUGGCUGCCGCUGUCGCACAGCUCCUCCGACGUCCGCCGCGUCUGCCGCCGGCCCACGCCGCCGCCCGACCCCCAGGCCCCGCCCCCGGCCGCCGCCCCCGAGGGCGGGGCCUGCGCGGGGGGCGGGGCCGGGGGCGGGCCCAAGCGGCCGUCGCUGCGCCGCUCGAAGUCGGACCUGAGCGAGAGGCACGCGCGCGCCCAGGCCGACCUGGAGCGCUUCUUCAACCAGUGCGGCCUGGAGCCGGACGAGCUGCAGAGCAUGCUGGGCCGGCCCGGGUCCUCCGACAUGGUGUCGCUGAACCUGCACAGCGCCAGCGCCGCCGGCUCCGAGCCGGGCGGCCGGGGGUCGCGCCGCAGCGACCAGGAGGAGGAGGAGGACUACGAGGACGAGGACGAGGAGGACCUGAUGGACGAGGAGGACGAGGAGGACCGCGUGCCCUACGGCAUCUCGGCCGUGGAGCGCAACGCCCGCGUCAUCAAGUGGCUCUACAGCAUCCGCCAGAACCGCGAGUCACAGAGGGUCUCCCACGUCUGAGAGAGAGGGAGAGGGAGAG